UCCAGCGAAGACCUCUGGGCCGAAAUCUGUUCGUGUCUGCCACGCCCCGACCAGAAGGAUGCUGGCCCUGCCUUCACAGACUCCUUCACGGAUGCCUGCGCCGACGGAGGAAGCCAGGGCAGUGGGUCAGAUGGCUCUUCCCAAACGAAUCUGAAGCCCUGGGCACCCCUGAAUGAUUCAGAGGUGUAUUUGGCAUCCCUAGAGAGAAGGCUGAUGAGAAUUAAAGGCUUGUCCCAGGAGGUGACCUCCAAGGAUAUGCUGCGCACUCUCUCCCAGGCGAAGCAGGAGUGCUGGGACAGGUUCCUGCAGGAGAAGUUGGAGUCCGAGUUCUACACAGAGGGACGCGACUCCGACGAGAGCACGCUGGAACACCUGAAGCGGUGGCUGCAGCCGGAUAAAGUGGCGAUCAGCACCGAGGAGGUGCAGUACCUCAUCCCUCCGGAGUCUCAGCCGGAGAAGCAGGAGACUGAGGAAGAGCCUCCAGCUGCCGAGCAGUGA